AUGAUGUCCAAUUCUCCAAGUCAACAAAUUCUCGAUCAUAUAGAACAAGUCAUUUCAAUGCUCACAUUUGAAUUAGAGAAUAAUCGCCGUUUAACUCAAACAGUUAGUAAUGAUAUAUUAUGUUCAAAUUUUGCCACAACAAUAUCAUCAAAUGUCAAAGUGUCAGCAACAGAUCGAUGUAGUCAAUCAUCAUUCGAUAGUAAGCAUCAUCAAUAUUUAACACCCUUUGUCACAAUGAAUAAUGGUCCAACCAGUUUCUCAGUGCCUUCUUGUUUUCACCAUCGAUCAGGAUCACCCACCAACGAUCAAAAUUUAAUAAUUUUCGAUAAAGAACAUCAAUCAAAAACAUCCUCUCCACCAAUCUCUUCUGAAAUCGCAACAACAACAAAUUUUAUAUCAAAUUGUUCUGUGGAUAAAACGGUUGAAGAAUUACCAAAAAAUGAGAAUAUUUUAAUAGAUGGUUUUCGUCCACCAGCCGUCCCUUUAAUUGUGUUUUCCCCUCACAUGUCCGUAUGGAGUCCAUCAAAUAAUUUAACCGAUUCCUACAGUGCUCACUGGAGUGGUAAACAAAUGGAUUUUGUCGGCAUGAUUCGUAUCGAUAAUAUAACAUAUAGAUUCAUGGGUUCUGAUCAAGUUAAAGCGCCACCCAUGCAACAAACACAAGUAAUUGUCAAUCCAUGGCGUACGGUUUAUACGUUUCAGAGUGCUGGUGUUCAAUUGACACUCGCAUUUUCACAACCACCUGCUCUUGAUGAUCCUUAUACGUACAUCUCAUUUUAUUUGCAAUCAGUUGAUCAAAAAAAACAUGAAGCUCAGCUAUAUUUUGAUAUGAGUGCUUAUAUACCGAUCAAUGAUCCAAAUGAAAAAGUAGACUGGUAUGACGAUUUAUCGUCGAUAAAUUCUACUCAAAUAUUGACAAUGUUUUCGUUUGAUCAAAUUGCAUUUCGCAUAAGGGGCGACUCAGAAAAAAAUAAUUGGGGCUAUGCUCACUUAAUUUAUGAUGGCAGAGAAUAUCCAUAUACAAAAACACAAGCAAGUGGACAAACGUCUCGUCAAUCAUUUAUUGAUGGACAACCAUUACCGGCAAAUGAUAAACGUAAACCACGUUCUGCUAGUGAUAACUCUUCAGUAUCUGCUUACGUUAUUAAUUUUGGAAAUGUAACCGGCGAACAAGUAGAAUCUUUUCUAACAUUUGCCUAUGAUGAUACUUAUUCAAUGUAUUAUUUUAAUGAUUAUCAAGUGCCAUAUUGGAGAUCUCAAAAAAAUAUUACAAUGUUAGCUAAUGAAGCAAUCAGACGUUACAGUACAAGUAUGGAAGACGUAUCGGUACUUGACUCACUUGUUAUUCAAUUAUUAAACAAAACAGCUGGUGAAAAAUAUGCAACAUUGCUCUCAUUAGUUAUUAGACAAAUUACAGGCGCAAUGACAGUAACAUGGAGUGAAAAAUUUCAAACAACAUUUCUUUUUAUGAAAGAAAUAAGUUCGGAUGGUGAUGUAUCAACGGUUGAUGUUAUUUAUCCAUCAUCUCCAAUGUUAUUAUGGUUACAACCAGAAAUAUUGAAAGGUUUAUUAUUGCCAAUAUUGAUGUAUGCUAAUAAUGUAACAGAUAUCAGUUAUAAUUUACCUUGGGCACCACAUCAUCUUGGAACUUGGUCUGUAUGUGAUAUUACACCAGACGAACAAGAACAAAUGCCAAUGGAAGAAUCAGCAAAUAUGCUACUCAUGUUAGCUGGAAUAGUUCAACGUUUAAAAUAUAAUGUUGAUUUUUUAAAACCGUACUGGUCUGUACUAGGUACCUGGGCACAAUACCUAAAUUCAACGUUACCUGAUCCUGGAAAUCAAUUGUGUACAGACGACUUUGAAGGACCAUCUCCACAUAAUGUUAAUUUAGCACUCAAAGGUAUUCUAGGACUAGGAGCCUAUUCAUUAUUAUUGAACUAUAGUGGACAGACUGAAAUGGCAAAAGCCUAUAUGAAUGAUGCAAAAAAUUAUGCUGAAUAUUGGAUGACUAAUGCGAGAGAUUCAGAUAAUUACCGUUUACAAUAUGAUUUACCAGGAACAUGGUCUCAGAAGUAUAAUCUGGUUUAUCAGAAUAUAUUAAAUCUGAAUCUAUUUCCUGAUUCAGUAGCAUUGAUUGAAAGUAAUUAUUAUCAAACAAAAAUGUUGAACUAUGGAGUACCAUUGGAUUCUCGUUCAAGCUUAACCAAAACAGAUUGGCAAAGUUGGAUAGCAGCAUUUAGUACAAAAGAACAACAAGAUACAAUAAUCAAUGCUCUCUAUAAAUAUGCGAGCGAAACUCCAGACAGAGUACCAUUAAGUGAUUUUUAUGAUGCAUCAAAUGCAAAAGUAUUAGGAUUUCGAGCUCGUCCUGUGAUGGGUGGCCUGUUUAUUAGAGCAUUAUUAGAAAAUCCAAUAAUUCCAGUCGACAUUAAACCUAUCUUUACACGUCGUGGCAAAGAAUAA